ACAUCAGUAAGUUUUGUAUUCACAAAUAGAUUGAGAUGUAUCGUCGUGUUGCGCUGUUUUAAGCGGCUUGUCACUGAACUAACCCUAAAAAGCAGUAUUAAAGAUUCCGAAUCAGCAAUCAAAUGUACCAACAGUAGUAACGCAAACGUCAUUGGACUAUACAUAAAUUGUUUUUCUGUAUUUUUAAAUAUUCUUCUUCAUCCAUGUAUCCAGGCUUAUAUAAUAGUGCGUUGUUUCUAUUUUUUUCUUACUUCAUUUUAUAUGCACAACAGCGUAACUGUGAUCUGCAUUAUAACCGCUCGAUUUAAUGAUUAUUAUUGAUGCAUUAUUGAUUUAUUUGGAGUAAGACUUUAUAUUGUUAAGGAUCAUGGCAUUAGUAAUGUUACCUUGCGAUUUACCUUGGUGGUCUACGGUAACAAAACAAUUGGAUAAAGCGGCAGCAGCCAAGAACUCGGAAGAUUUGGUUGAUGCUAUGCAGCGAGUGCAUGAUAUGUGCAAUUUGGAUCCCGAAGAAGACUUAAAAGAACCAGAUCUAUUUAUUGGCCUUGUGAAUUAUCUUGAAAAAGAAUUGAAUUCUACUGAGCGUAAUCACAUUUUUACGAAAACAAUACCUUACAUGGUAAAUCGCGCGAAGAUCUUGAAAAUACACAAGCCUCCACAAGGGCUUUAUUUUAGUUUGCAACAACAAGGUGACACUAUUGAACACAGUUAUGCAUUUGUGGCAUCGCUUAUCGCGAAUGCUUUUUUCUCUACAUAUCCAAAACGAACCCCAAAAACUCAUCCUACUUUAAUGGACUUUAAUUUUACAAACUUUUUUAAAUAUCUUCAUUUAAAAAGCCAAAGGGCAAAGUUGCGUGGUUUGUUCCAGUACUUCGAUUACCUUGAAUAUGAGGGCGAACGUGCUCUCGAAGGUCAUCUUCUAAUCUCUCGACAGGUGAUGCUCUCAAAGCAGUGGUUAACCAUUGAAGAUUGGCUCGAGUGUAGCAUGCCACUUUGUCCAUUAUCUAUCAGACACGAAGGUAGACUAGAACGUGCGAAACAGGCCGGAAAUACAGUAAUGCAGGUGUGCUUUGCGAGUCGAAACCUAGGUAAUGGUGUCCUCGAAGAUAGUGUCACACAAGAGACUAUUCAAAUAGCAACACAUCCUGAAUUAUUAGCAAUAAUACUUUCUGUAGAAGCAUUGGAAGAUAAUGAGGCAUUAAUAGUUGAAGGCUUACGACAUAUCUCUAGAAUACAAGAUCCAAAACAUCGAGCUACUUUUGAGAUUAUUCCAGAACCAAAUUCAAUCACGAUUUGCUGCAUAGAUGCAGAAGACUACUCACAACUACCACUUGCUCAAUACGAAGAAGACAAUGUUUUACGCGAGUUAAAUAAGUCACUUCUGGGCUUCAGGCAACGCAGACCGUUACAGAAUUUAAUUGAUUACUCAGCAUCAAUUGGGUCAAAACAAGAUGUAGAGCAAGAAACUGUAUUUGGUAUAAAAAGAUUAUCUCCUAUUGGUGAGAGUUGCAGCAGCGUAUCUCCUGAGAUUGAAAAUAUAUCGAAUAAAAGGGAAGUUACAAUCAAUAAUACCAAUAAUCAAGAAUCGGGAAGACAGUCAAUCACAACAGAAAUAAUAAGAGAAAACGGGUCAUCAAAUCAUGUUAUGAGUCCAGGCAGAAUUAUAAAAAUUAGCAGCGUAGGAAGACGCAAUAACUUUAUAGUCUUAGGUUCAAGCGGAGAAGCUUUACCUAUUACGCGCAAAUCCAUUGCGCAAACAUCUGUGUACAAUAGCUGUAACAGUGAAAGUACUGAUAGUUUUUACAGUGCAACAGAUACAAUAGACGAAGAACUAGAAAAUGAAGAUGAAAAUCAGCAAAUAUUUAGUCAAUAUUCGUCACAACUUGAUAACCAUCAAUGGCGAGAAACAUUUGUUCAGAGAUUAAAAGAUGUUUUAAAACACGAAAAUUCAACCACUGGUACAAAGUCUACAAGCGAAUCUGCAAGCGACAGUAGUUACGCAGUUGGAAUCAGUAUUGCCGGAAGUCAAGUGGGCGAUCAAAAUAUCAAAAUAAAAAGAGGUGGAUCAAGAGGUUUCGUACUUAGAAAUGAAACUGUUGAUGAAGAAUUCUUAAAAGAAUCUCUGGAAGUUGAACGAAAAUGGUUGGGUAGAUUUCGUCAAAAUCAGCUAACUAUGAUUAAUCGAAAAGAGACUGGUAUUAAUAGUAGAAACAGUUUUAGCACGGACUACAGUUCAGAAUUUUGUUCCGAGCUAGAAGAAGUAUAUGAACAGCUUUCUAAAUGGUUGGAAGAUCCAAUCCUGCUAAACAGUGAAAACCGUGAGCUGAAUGCUCGAGAUAAAGCCGUGGUAACGUUCGCCAGUUCACUGUUAAAAAGAGCACUGAGUGAGUCAUUUGCUGGGGUACCUGUACAGGAAGGGGAACCACAACCUUUUUUCAACGCAAGUGACGCCCAUCAACGGCAUAAGUUAGCUUUGGUUGUGAGAAGUCUCAGCCUUGAAUUAGCUCGACAAAAAAGUAGACAGCAAUCAUCGAUCUCACGUGAAAGCAGCCCCCAAAUCGGUGAUCUAUUACCAGUAGCAACUGGCAAUUGGGGUUGUGGUUCUCGAUUAAAAGGCGAUCCCCAGUUGAAACUCAUUGUUCAGUGGCUUGCUGCAUCUAUAGCUGGAGUUCCUCGGUUAAUAUAUUAUACCUUCAGCCACUCCAAACUCACUAAACUGGAUACGGUGAGUCGAGUUCUUACGGAUCGCCAAUGGUCUGUUGGAGAUCUCGCUGCAGCAACAUUGAGAUUCUCUCUUCAGACUAUUGAAGAAACACUUGAAGGCUCAAACAGUCUCUUCGAAGAACUUAUAGGCAUAGAUAAACCAAGCUUUUAA